CUUUUUCUCUCCUUCACCUCCUCACCUCUUUCCAUCCCCCCUUCCCCCUUGUCCUUCUUUAUUAUCGCUCAUCCGAGUAGGGGAGAGCUGCAGGACGGCUUGUGAGUCUGGAUUGACGCUUUCCUGCUGCCACACUGUUGAUUCUUGUUUCCUUGUACCUGGAUUGCAUACUUACUAGCCUGAUGGUUUUGCUCCUGCAUCUUGUUUGCCUCUAAUUUAUUUUCACAUUUGCGUGUUUUAUUAUUUCUUUAAUUGGUUUUACUUACCUUCCUACUUUGUAAUAUUUAUCAUCCUUUUGUUCGAAUAGCGUUGUCCAUCAUGUUGUCCCAAUUUGCCCGACAGAGAACCCCUGCAUCUCAUCUCCGUUUGUUGAGAGGACGCUCCCUCUUGCAAUCAUCCACCAAAGUACGGCUAUAUUCCUCCUCAAGUCGAUUACAGUCCAUUCACUCGACCUCGUUGAAUUCUUCUCCGCAAGCUCACCCUCGUCGACCGUCCUUCCAAUCUAGCCGGAGUCUCGCCACUGCAGCGGACCAGACCGCGAUUCCCUUCGAAAGCGAUCCAUAUCCCUCCGAAUUUUCCCAAAACCAGCAAUGGAGCUCUCUUUUCCCACCUCCCCCGAGGGAUUUCGAUCCAUCGUCUCUCAUCAUUGUCAAUGAUGUUUUGCAAACCAAGCCAAAAGUGCUGAGGAAGAUGAGAGGUAUUGGCGGAGAUGAGGAGGAAAUGAUGGCGAAUUUGGACAUUUCUCUCAAAGUCAGUCGAUUUGACCGCGCGGCGAGUCUAAUCAACCGGCUGAGGGAGUACCACCCCGUUGGUUCUCCUGGCUAUCUCGUUCUGCACAACCGGUAUUUGGAAGCAAUGGUGUCGCAUAUCAUCCUAACAAGGGAGCAUGACCUAGUUUUGCAGAUGCAGAGAUGGUUCGAAGUAGAUAUGCCAUAUGGAGGCGUGGAGCCUGAUGCUACGACUUUCGCUAUUAUGAUCCGCAUGGCCCUGCGCAUGUUCCAUGGAUCUAAGAGGGAUCGAUCUGUCCGUCGCUAUUGGGCUUUCGCCAAGAACGCGGGUGUUGAGGAGGAAGUUUUGGCUGUUCCCAUUCUCUCAGAACUCGAGCUUGGUGAACUUUCUGAGAUUUGCUCUUCUGAUCUACAACGCGUUGCAAUUGAUAGUAUGGCGGCCAGGACUACUAAAUUUGACGAUUUAGAUUUGACAGCCCAUGAGGCCACCGCCGAAGUUAGGCCAGUUGAACAGAAAGGUCUAGGGCUCUCGUCGCUUAAAGAAUCUCUCUCUAUGUUCUCUACCCCACCAACGGCUACGGACGGAGAAUGCGUGGAGGAUCAGGAGUUAUACGAACAGCGCCGACAAGAAAAGCUUGAGGCCGAGGUGAUGCAGUCUGCCCUGAACCGCUGGCGACAGGAAGCUGAAGGCGUAAAAAAUCUGGGUCUGAAUGCCUCUGGAACAGGAAAGCGAUUGGGUCCCAUGAUCAGCCAGUGGCAUACGGAGCUGGUAGCGAACAUCAAAGAAGAGUUGAAACUUGUUGAUGAAGCUGAAGCCAAUCCCAUCCGCACUGUCGAGCAAAAAGAACGAUGCGAAUACGGCGUCUAUUUGCGCUCCCUUGAUGCAGACAAGCUCGCGGCCCUUACGAUUCUUACAGUCAUGGGUUGUCUGAGCCGCGGAGGAAUGGAAAAGGGUAUUAAGGUCUCUACACUUGUUUCAGCUAUCGGAAGUGAUCUCUACGACGAACUUAUGGCCGAGAAAACUCUUAGCAAACAGGCUGGUGCCAGCGCUCGGCGAAUGCAGGUUUUGAAAGAAAUGCUUGCUGGCCGCAAACAGAAUGAUGGCCGAGCUAAAUGGCAAAGCAUUGUUCAAGAUCUGGAAAAGGAUGAGCCUGAAGCUGUUUGGUCGGCUGGAGUGAAAGCCAAGGUUGGAGCUGUGUUGAUGAGUCUUCUGUUUGAUGCUGGGAAAGCCCCGGUAUAUGUGGAAGAUGCAGCAACCAAGAAAGGGAAAAUGGCCAUGCAACCCGCUUUCCAGCACUCAUAUCAAAUUGCCUGGGGCAGACGCAGUGGAUACAUUCAUAUACAUCCGGAGAUUGUCAAGAUUGCCACCAAGGAGCCAAUGGGAGAUCUCCUGGGCCGCCAUCUACCAAUGAUCUGUAAACCGAGACCCUGGAAGGGCUUCAAGGAUGGCGCCUACUUCCUACACAAGAGCAACAUUGUCCGGUCAACACCAGGCGAAAGCCUGCAGCCAACAUACAUCAAAGCAGCACUAGAGAACAAUGGCCUUGAGCAGGUCCGUGAGGGGUUAGAUAUUCUCGGUAGUACUGGAUGGACAAUCAACCAUGACGUUUUCAAUGUGAUGCUUGAAGCCUGGAAUACCGGUGAUCCAAUUGCCGACAUUGCACCACUCGAACCCGAUCUUCCUCACCCGACCAAGCCAUCCCCAGAGGAGGGGUACGAAGCUGAGAAAAAGUGGGAUAACCUCAUGCGUGAUAUUGAAAACCGCAGAUCCGGUUUUCAUUCCCAGCGAUGCUUCCAAAAUUUCCAGAUGGAGGUUGCUCGCGCAUAUCUCAACGAGACAUUCUAUCUUCCGCACAACAUGGAUUUCCGCGGCAGGGCGUAUCCCCUUCCUCCCUACCUUAACCAAAUGGGUGCAGACAACGCAAGAGGUCUACUGCUGUUUAGUAAAGCCAAGCCACUUGGCGAUAGCGGCCUAAAGUGGCUGAAGAUUCAGAUUGCGAAUCUUUCAGGUUAUGACAAGGCUAGCCUGUCUGAGCGUGAGCAGUUUACGAUGGACCACCUCGACGACGUACUUGAUUCGGCAAAUAAUGGUCUCCACGGCCGCCGGUGGUGGCUUAAAGCGGAGGAUCCUUGGCAAUGCUUAGCUGCUUGUUGCGAACUGCGAAAUGCUCUUCAACAUGCGGUUCCUACGGAAUAUGCAUCGCGCCUACCUAUCCACCAGGAUGGCUCCUGCAACGGCUUGCAGCACUACGCUGCUCUUGGAGGAGACAGUAUUGGUGCUCAACAGGUCAAUCUUGAGCCCUCUGACCGCCCAUCCGAUGUGUAUAGUGGUGUUGCCGAGUUCGUCAAGACAACGGUGGCAACGCAAGCCGCUCAGGGUCACCCCAUCGCGAAGAUGCUUAACGGCAAGAUUACUCGUAAGGUUGUCAAACAGACAGUCAUGACGAAUGUUUACGGUGUGACCUUCAUGGGAGCGAUGAAGCAAGUACGCAAGCAACUGGUGGAUCUUUAUCCCGAUCUGUCCAGAGAAGACACGAAGCAGGGUGCGUUGUAUAUUGCUCGCAAGAUCUUUCAGGCAUUAGGCACGAUGUUCAACGGGGCACACGACAUUCAGUAUUGGCUUGGAGACUGUGCUAGUCGCAUCACACAGUCCCUUCCUCCCGAGCAUAUUGAGGCUAUCGCCAAGGAAGCCAUGACGACCCCCACCGCUUCUGGUAAGGCCCAAACCAAAGCGAACGACCCGACAAAGGCGUUUCGAUCUACCGUGAUCUGGACCACACCACUAGGAUUGCCAGUGGUUCAGCCUUACCGGGUUCGCGUGUCUCGUCGAAUCACCACUUCGCUCCAGGCUCUGAGCAUUGUCGAACCCAACGCUGAUGAUGUUGUCUCGAAGCGCAAGCAGCUGCAAGCGUUCCCUCCUAAUUUCAUUCACUCUCUUGAUGCCACCCAUAUGAUCAUGUCUGCCACCGCAUGCCACCGGGCAGGACUCAGCUUUUCGGCGGUCCACGAUUCAUUCUGGACCCACGCCUGCGACGUUGACUCGAUGAAUCAGAUUCUCCGAGAGGCAUUUGUUCGCAUGCACUCCGACCAUGUGAUCAAAAGACUGGCGGCGGAGUUUGAGGUUCGCUACGGGCGGAAUCUGUUUUACGCCAAGGUCCCCGCCGAGAGCCGGAUGGGAAAAGUGAUCAAGGCGUUCAGGAAGGGGCAAAAGAAUGCCAGCAAGACCCAAGAACUGCUGGAGGAGUACAAGCGGCAAAAUCUGCUGAAGGCUGAUGACCCGGAACUGCAAGCGCAGGGCCGUGCUAUGGUCACGGCGGGUAGUGUGUUUGAGCAAGCUGGCGGUACAGACCACGACCUUGCCAUUGCCAGCUCCCUGGGCGAGACCGUUGUGGGCCACGUCCCUGAAGACCUGGCAGCGGCAGAACGGAAAAUUUCGGGGAUGGAGGCCGACCCAUCGGACCCGGCCCUGGAGACGCUGCUCGGCGGGUUUAACGAUGUGCUAGGCACGAAAGCCGAAGCGAGUGAGGGAGCCGUGAGCGUGGGGCCGGACGGGGAACAGGCAGAGGGGGCCGCGCCCACGAAGAAGAAAAAGGAGGCGCGGUCAUACGUGUGGCUCUGGCUCCCCUUGCGGUUCCGCGAGGUACCGAAGAAGGGUGAAUGGGAUCUGACACGGAUCCGCAACAGUCAGUACUUCUUUUCUUAAGAUGCCAGGAAGCCCGGGGGGGAGUUGGACGCAUUGGAUUGGCGUUGGUUGGAUUUGUUUUGAAGCAUGGGGAGCCACACAAAAGUUAAAUUAGACAGGAGGAGCCGGGGGUGUAUGUAUAUUAUGAUAUCCAUGUAUGACUACCAAUGUAUAUUUUCUUUGACAUAUAUAUAUUUCUUUUAUUUUAAUCUAUUUUUAUCCGCAAUGGG